UUAAAUGUCAAAAUCAUCUAAAUUCUUGUCAAAAAAAAUCCAAAAAUUAAUAUAAAUAAUUAUGGGAGAUACGCGUUAUUUAAAUUCCAAGAGAAAAAGAAAGAAAAAAACGUUGAAAAACAAGUUAUCUCGCUUAUUGAAUCCCAAAGAAAUGAUAAAAAAAACUUUGAUUAAAAGACGAUGCUCAAAGUUACAUGAAAACUGUCAAAAGAAAUCAAUUUUGAAUCGUUUUACAUCAAGAGAUUUUUUUAAACCUAAACCGAUGAGUGCUUUAAUGUUUCCAAUAAAGGUUUACGAUGAAAAGACGGAGGAAAAUAGAGAUACAAAGUUACUUUUUAGUAGUAAUUGUAGAUCUUCCGACAGUACGGAUGAUGUCCAGGCUCAAUCGGAAUUUAAAAGAAUAAAUGCGAGAAAAGAAAAUAAUUUAAACCAACAAUGUUACAUAAGUAACAGUGGUACUUUGUGCAUGGCCCAAGAGAUGUAUCCGAUCUUUGUGGAGUGGUACAAGUUCCUAAAACAAAAUCAAUCCAGUUUAAAACAAAAUUUUCAAUUUUUCGGGAAAAUUAAACCAAUUCCUGAUAAUGAAACAACCCCGGAAAUAUCAAACACCGACUUUUCAACGGCCUCUACAUCAGAAAAUAAAUCAUAUUCACAUUCUAAAGAGACACAAAGGUAUCCGAGCUUUGUUAGCUACGAUUUAAAACCGUACAAAAAAAGUUCUUCAUCAUCAUCAUCAUCAUCGAAGAAUCUAGAUAAAAAGAAAGACAAAGUUAAAUCAGGGAGGAGAAAAAUUGUUUCUCAAAAGGAUGCCGAGGUCGAUACAAGUGAGAUGAAUAUAAAAAUGGUUAAUAAGUCAACGGAUAUGCAUCAAAAAGCCGAUAAUAAAACUAAAAUGAAAUUGAAACAAAGAUCAAAAAGUAGUGAUUACUCCAAACAUGAUUUAUCCAAAAAUUUAUCUGCUAUAUCAAGUUGCAAAUCGACAACAAAUAACGUUGAAAGUUUAAAAACGGACGAAUUACCGACACCGAAAGAAAAUAAAACAUUGCUUAGUUCUUCAAAAAGUUUGGUGGAACCAAAAAGUUGUUAUAAACUCAAAGAAACACCAUCGAAGUAUUUAAAAAGAUCACAAUCUUACUGCGAAAAAUUUAAACAAGCCGAAUUUAUAAAAUUAAAAGAAAAAAGGAACGAGAAUGAAAAGAAAAUGGAAAACAUCAAAAAAAAAUCAAGUCAACACUCAAAUUAUUCCUCAAAUUUAAAGAGUAUUGAAGAAAUACGAAAAAAUCCAACUUCUUUUCUCGGUAAAGAUCAAAAAGAGUUUAUCGUGGAACGGAGACAAAUUAAAAGUCAAGGAUGCGAAAGGAAAAUGAAAAAGGUUGAUUUAGAUUUUGGGUCGACAAAAAGCCAAGAAAACGUUAAAAAUCCAAAGAAAGAUUUAACUAAAAAUAUGAAAGAAGAUAAAUUAGUUUUGAUUAGGAAAAGAAAUAAAAAUAAAAUUGAUUCAUCUCAAAACACCGAUAAUUCAGCAUUAAUAUCAUCGUUAACACCUUCGUCAUCAACAUCAUCAUCAUCAAGAAACAACGGGGAAUUAACUAAAUUAGUUUCGCUUCUUUCAAAAGUUUCAAACGUAACUAAUAUAACGAGUGACUUUAUUUUUAAACAAUUUGAACGAGAUUGGAGUUAUUGGGAACGUUUAAUUUUAUUGGAUAAACUCCACGAACGCAUAAAUGGCGAAGAAAAGAAUUUACAAAAACAAAUAUUAAAAUACACAUCAAACAAAUCAAACGAAACAAGAAGAAUCAUUCCCAUCUUUUUUAAUUCUAACAUAGAAAAUAAUUCAACCGAUUCGGAGCAAAAAGAUGUUUCAAAAACCAUAUCGACUAUAACAAAUUCUUCGCAAACGAUGGAAGAUCGAGAAUAUAAACGACACUUUGAUAUUAUGAAGAAAUUUCGAUUUCAUAACGAUAAAGAUGAGGAUGACGAAACAAGGCCCAGUACGUCGGUUUAUUCGUUUAUUAAAAAGUUUUUGAUGUGUAUUAAGGUGUCUAAUGCGGCUGUUGAGGUGAAAACGAACGAUUCUACUUUGGAAUCGCCGAUUAUUAGUGAUUUAUCGACCUUAUUAUCGACAGAAAUUACAAUUAAAACUAGUAAGGAAAAAUGUAGGAGUAAAUCGAAGGAGAAAACUAAGAAUAAAUUGAAAGAUAAAUCUAAAAAACAAUUUAAGGAUAAAUAUAAGGAAAGAUUUCGCGAUGGGGACGAAAAUGAUGAGAGUGAUAAUAAAGUGAAAUCAACAUUAGCAAUCAUCACAACAAUAAAAAACAAACUGAGAGUAAUCCCGAAAUUUUUAAAAUCGAAAACAAAAGGAAUCCAAAAUAACUCGUUAAAAAAUCAAUUUUGGUUCAAACAAAAAUUGGAAACCUUCCAUCAACAAGAACCGAAUAGUAAAUUAUCUUUAACCGAAUUGAUCGAAUUGUACUCGAAGAAAAAUGAAAAUUUAUUUCCCGACACUCAUUACACUCCGUUUCAAACGACUUUACAAGUUUAUAACGUCAACGAAGAACUGGAUAAUCUCAAAGAUAGAGAUGGGGUUACGGAUCCGAAACAAAUGUAUCCCAAUUCGCAUAUUUAUUCUGAUCGGCUGUUUUUGGCGUACAAAAGAUACAUGGCUUUAAGAGGUGGAUUAAGACGAGCCGCGCCAAAAGAAAAAAUCACCCCUUUAGUACCAAUGUUGGAUUGGAGUCGAAGAUUAAAACCACCUGGAAUUCCAACGUUACAAACUAACGUUGGAAUUAAAGUUUAUCGAGAUAGUUCAGCGUUACAUAUGGAUAUUCCAGAUCGUGAAGUUUGUAUGAGAGAAUUAGAAUAUUUAAACGAUGAUACGCUAGAUGAAGGUCAUUUAGAUCCGCAAAAAUUUGAAAAAAUCCUUCAAUGUUGGGCGUGUGAUAAAUAUAUAAUUGAGAUAAGCCCGAGAGAACAACAAUUAAUGAAAAAUAUGACUGAAGAAGCUUACAGUGUUACUCCGAUUGAAGAAGAGAAAUUGAGCGAGCCAGACGAUCUCUUAAAAACAACUCAUUCAAUCCAAGAAGAGGAAUCUGAUGAUGAAUUUGGUAUAAAAAGAAGAAGGAGGCUUUUAAUCGAGCCGAGUCUUUCUGAUAUAUCACUACCUUCGGAUUCUUUACGAUCUGUUGAUUCUGAUAUGGAUGACAGAGCAAAUAAGGAGUGGGAAUCUUUACCCGAUUUUCAACCAUUCUCCGCGCUUGAUCCAAUUUUCCCAGUUCCAAUUCCUUUAAGUGAACCGUUACAACAUAUUAUUUAUCUCCCGAGGAGUAAAAGAAACCUUUUAAGCGCUGAAGACGAGUUUUGCGAUUGCAUUCGAUUUAAUUCUACUUUAAAAUCGGCAAGUAAUAAAGAAGCUGUUAGUCAAUUAAAAAUAUCGUAUCAUAAAAACCGAACUGAGUUUACCCCACCACGGGCUUUUAAGAGAGCUUUGGAAAGUAUUGGAUCUGGGCGGGUAAAAAGGAGGAAACCGAAGAAGAGCAAUGUUACUUAUCCACCGUGUUGUGAUGAGUUCUUAUCGGAAUAUUCUAGUGAUGACGAGAAAAAAGGUACAAAAUUCAACAGGAAGAAAUUGAAUAAGACUUUCCCUGGAGAUGAACGAAAACGGAGGGAAAAAAUCAGUAUUUUGGAGGAUAAAAAGAGGAGACAGGAGGAAAAAGUGGUUGAAAAGAUACUAAAAAAGUCAGCAAAGAGUUGCAAAGCGGAGUGUCAAACAAAAAGAGUGGCUCGAUUGGAUCGAUCGUUGAAGAGACAAGAUGCGCAGUGGAGAAAACGAGAAAAUAAAUUAAAACAAGAAGAUAUCGAAUGGGAAAAAGAAGAAUUAGUACGGAAAAGAAUGAAAAUGUUAAAGAAAAAAAUGAGAAAGAAAAAAUUACCAAUUGAUGUCUCCGUACUGUUUAAUAAAUUUAAGAAAAAUGAGAAGAGGACGAGGAGAAUUAAAGAAGUGAGCGAAGCCGGUGUUCAAGGCGAUUUUAAAAAACAUGAUGAGAUUAUCAAGACUUCGAUGAUUAAAUCGGAAGAGAGUUGUUGCGAAAAUGUUUCAACAAAACAACAAAAAGAAAAGUGUUGCACCUUCAUUUGCGAUUUAGACAAAAAAUUGAAUCUAAAUAACACUUCACCAGUACAAUUUGUGAACGUUCCAUUAAAAUAUAUCGAAGCGCGCAAUAAAAAUAUAUAUCGGAAAAGAAGGAGAAAGAAAAAUAAGCGUGUUUUAACACUUAAUAAGGCAACAUCUAUUAAUAGCCAAUCGUUUACUUCUGAAGAGGAAAAAGAAUGCGAAAAAGUAUCAAAAAUCCAAUUUACCCCUCAACUUGAAGUUCUUUUCCCACUUCCCGGUGGAAAAUCAAUUCAAUUUGUUAGUAUACCAUCGCAUAACCGUAUUUUUAAUCAAUUAAAAAACAAAUCGAGUAAAGAUGAGACAUUUUUUGGGUCAUCUUACACAAAAGAAACGAUUAUAACGAGAUCGAUUUUUGAAAGUUCGAAUAAUUCAUCUUGGAGUAAUAUCGAAACAGAGUCAACAUCAAAAAUGAUAUCUUCGAUAAUAUCAAUCAAUGAUGAAAAAGGUUGCCAAAUUCAAUAUUUUCAUAACAAUUCUAAUUAUUUUAAGAAAAUAAAGCGAUCUAUUCCGUCAUUAAAACGAAAAAGGCGAAUCGACGCCUCAACCGAGCCAACAAAACCCCCAAAAAAAUCUAAUUUAAAAUCAAAUGUAAGUUUAAAAAAUGUUUAUUCGAUAAUCCGUACCCCUCAAUCACCGGAAAUUUCUUCUUCGAUUGAUUCCGAGGAUUUUAUCCACCCGAAACACGAGUUUGAUGUAAAUAUGGUUAAGGAAAUUUUAUUUUCUAUUAUGGAUAAAAUUCCGUUAACAAUUGAAGAUAUUAAUCCCGUAUUAAAAGAUGUUGAGGUUAAUACGAUGGAAUUAACUCAACAUAAAGAUGCCUUUAUUGCUACUUCUUCAGUUAAAUUUGUAGAUAAAUCAAGUUCGAUGCGGGAAAUUAAAGAAAAUAAAACGAAUUCUGUUGAAUUCACCGUUGAAGAAUUAAAUUAUGUAAAAAAAUUAUUAGAAUCGCCUUUGGGGAGUGGUCAUCAAGAUAUAAAUGAUCUUAAUAAAGAGGCGGGGAAGAGUAAUAUUGACUCUAAAAUUCCGAUACUUCAAAAGAAAUCAAAUUUAAAUAAGAAACCUGAAACGGGUUAUUACCAAAUGUACAGAGGAUUUAGAGGGAAUCAAUCACCGAUAACACAAUCUCAAGGAAAGAUUCAACGAGAAGAAACGUUGCAAGAAGUACAUCGAGGGAAAUUACAAACUAAAUCGAACCAAAAUCUCCGAGAACGAUUUUCGAAUGAGAAAUCAAUUGAUAAGCUUCAAGAAAUAUCUCAAUUAAGGUUGCAAGUUGUAGCUCAAGGGUUGCCAAAUGAAAUAAAAUCUAAAAAGUCUCAAGAAAGGUCUCUUCCUCAUGAUGAUUCUGACGUUGAAUCACAUGAUGAUUCUGAUAAUGAUGAAGAUAACUCUCAAAGUGAGUCUGAAGAUGAUCAAAAAGGGAUAUCACAAGCUACAGUUAAAAAGGUAAUUGAACCGAGAUCACAAUGUAAAAUUGAAGGGAAUUCUCAAGAUAAAUCUAAAAGUGAUUCUAAAAAUAAAUCGACUCAAAACGACCAUGAAUUAAAAUCUCGAAAAAUAUCCAAAGAAAAGUUACCUGAAAAGUCUGAAAAAACAUCUCAAACUAAAUCCCAUCGCUCUGAGGAUAAAUCUGAACAAGAAUCUUUAAAAAUAUCCAAAGAGAAAUUGUCUCAAAAAAUAUCUCCUCAAAAACGAAAAGAUAAAUGUCAUGGAAAAGAAGACUCCAGGAGUUUAUCCACUGAAAAAUUAAUAUCUAAAGGAAAAUUUGAAAAAACAUCAUUUGAGGAGAAAUCCCAAUGUGAUACGCAAGAUAAAUUAGAAGAUGGGUCUGAAAGUAAAUCACGAACGCAAUUUGAUAAGGUAUCUCAAAAUUGUUCAGAAAUUAAAUCUCAAGAUGGAUCUAAAGGUGAAUGUCAAGAUAAACGUAUAGAUAAAUCUCUAGAAAAAUCUAAGGAUGAAUUACAAGACGAAUUUGAAGAUGAAUCUGAAGAGGAAUCGCAAAUAAAACAAAAAUUUGAAGAUAAAGAUCCAAUAAAUUGUGAAUAUCCAAAAGAAUUUUUAGAAAUGAUGUAUAAACAUAACCUGCUACUUAAAGUGUUGGAAGAUUUGCAACAAAACCCACCAAAAGAGGUUAAAAACGUAAAUGAUUUGAGUAAAGUUAAGAAAGUUGAAGAAAAGAAAAUUAAUACUAUUUCUAAAUCAAAAAGUAUUAAUAAUUUAAAAAUUAUUCCAGAUCCAAAAGUGACAGCUAACCUAAAAAAAUCUGGCACAACUUUAAUAAACGAAAAAAUUAAUCAAACCGAUGAAACUAACGAAAAAAAUGAAAGUAUUUACGGAAAAAUCGAAAGAAUUAACGUUUUAACUACUUCUUAUAUGAAUUAUGGAGAAGCUCAUAAAACAUUAACAGGAAAUCGAAAAGCAUCAUUAAGCGCAGUGGCUUCAUCUAUGUGUUCAAUAAGUAAUCGUGAUGACGUAAUAGAAUUAGCGGGAGGUUUAAAAUAUUAUUAUAUUGACGAACAAUAUUAUAAAGAUUCAAUGGUCCAAGCAAAAAGUGACUACACAUUACCAAUAAAUUUAGAUAUUUUCGAUGAAGAUGUAUUCGAUAAUGGUGUUUGCAUUAAAGGGAGUGAGCACACAAAAUUCGAACAAUCGCGUGGGGUGCAAGUCUCUUUUGAUCGUAAAAAAAUCGAAAAGGUUCGAAAUGAAGAUAAGGUGAAAAAGAAGGAAUUGAAAUCGAAGGAUAAAAUUGAUGUCGAACGAAUUGAAAGGAAAAGGAGAAGUCUGGAAAGGAAGCUGUUAAAGAAUAAGCCGAAUUUGAGUCCCGCGCAACGCGAAAGAAGGAGAAAGAAAAUUUUAGAGCUUUUAGAUGGACUACCGAAUGUUGAAGUUGAUAAAGACGACAAGAAAUAUAACAAAAAUAAGAUCACUAAAAGUUCAAACCAAAAAACGGAGGAGUUAUUCCGAAAAAUCAAAAAAGAUGAGUAUGUAAUAAAUUAUCAUAAUUAUUCGAUUCCUUCAACAUCCGCCAAAGUUAAAACAACAACUUUGGAUGUCAAAGAUGACAAAGAAAAAAUAAUUAGGACGGAUUCAACAGAUAUAGUGAAAGCUUUUUUAAAGCUACUUAAAUUGGUCUCUAUAAAUAAAUCAAAAUAAAAAUCAGUGAUUGUUAAUUUGUAAAUUGAAAUCAUUUCUAUGUUAACAAGUAAUUUUGUUUCUUUCUUUUGUAGUUAUUCGAGAAUAUAAUGAAUGAUUAAAAAC